AUGACUAAUAAUGAUACUUCUAUAUCUGAUUCAAAUACACGUAAAAAGGCUCCACACAUUACCGUCAGUCCAUCUUGUAAAGGACUUAGUAAAUACAAAUAUAAAUUAUACACAUUUGUUAUUAUCGCAUUGUUACAACUUUUUGUAAACUAUGACAACGGUGUUAUUACGGUUUCUCUGAACUGGAUUCAGGAACCAUAUAACUUUAGUAGUACGGAACUAGGCAUCGUGGGAUCACUUCCAUACUUCGCCUAUGUUGCAAUGUCACCAUUUAUGUCAUAUUUAUUUCUGGCGUUUGGCACCCAACCGGUAAUAACUAUCGCCCUCACUAUCAAUAUUUUGUCAUUGGUUAUUUACGCACUUGCUGUGAACAAGUAUAUGUUUUUUAUUUCCAAAUUUUGUAUUGGAGCUUCACAGUCAUUGUUCACAACAUACUACCCGAUAUGGGUUGAUACAUUCGCUCCAGAAUUUCACAGGAAUCUUUGGAUGUCAAUAUUACAAGGUGGUAUAGUAAUUGGGAUGACUUUGGGGUAUGUUGUUACAUCAGUAUUCUCAUUCACUGGAAACAGGGGAUGGAGAUACAGUACCCUAACCCAGAUUUUGUACGGGCUGGUUUUGACCAUUUUGUUUUAUUUAGUUCCAAAGGAGUUUAUUAACUUUGAUCCAUCGAGGGAUGAGCACGUGGAUUUCGACCUUUGUACUUGUGAAAAGUUAAGUUGCAAUACUAUGGAAAUUAAUAGUAACAAAGGUGUCUGUUUAACAAGUUACAGUGACAACUUAUCCAUUGGUAAAGAUGCCGACCAGAAACGUUAUCGUAGUUUGGACAUAAUUACAAAGGCGUCAUCUUUGGGGAUGAGUAAUAGUGAUCUCAUUUCAAGAAUUCAUUCCAGCUUUGAGGGUUCAGCUAGUAGGCCCGAAUAUUCUAAAUGCAGUAAAUGCUUUGUAAACAAUGUUAAAUUAUAUCGAGAAACAAUGAGGAUAAAAAAACUAUCGCCAUGGUCAAAAUUUAAAAUGCUUAUUAAAGAGAAUAUAUUUAUUUUAAAUUGUAUCUCAAUGUCCAUAAUUUCAUUGUCUUCAUCUGGUUUUCUAUUUUGGAUGACAAAAAUAUAUGUAGACCACCUUAAAAUGAAUGAAAAAGCUGUUUAUUUUAUAUUCUCUCUUCAAGUAUUAACAGGAAUGCUAUUUGGAACAAUUUCCGGCUCACACACGAUUGAUCAAAUUAUUUAUCAUUAUCCUCAACGUCCACUUUUGGUUGAUACCACCCUCAUAGUUUAUUGUCUAAUUUGUUGUUUAUUUGAUGUUGUUGUAGUUGUUUUCCAAAUUCCAAUGGUUUAUGGGGCUUGUUUUUUUAUUUUAAUAUUUUAUACAUCUUCAAUGGUCCCAACAGUAAUGUUACAAUCAGUCGAAUACCUUCCUCAUCGACUUAAACCGGCAGGUUCAUCGUUCUUCAUAUGUCAAUACCAUAUAUUCGGUUUUGCAUUAGGCGCUAUAAUUCCAGGAAUAGCUAUAGAUAUAUUUAACAAUUACACUGCUGCACUUUGUGUAAUACAUUUGCAGGGAUUUGUUCUAUUAUGCUGUUACAUUACAAUUCUGUUCAUUAAGUGGCAUAGAAUUAAAAAAGCUAAAAUAACAGGUAGAAGUAUAUAUAUUAAGGGUGUGGUUGUAAUAUAA